AUGCGAUCCGACCCCUCGUCAUCGACAUCCCCCAACUCUGCGUCAGCCAUUUCCCCUACCAUAUCGCCCAAUGCAGGGAUGAAUCACAAGGAGCGACGCAACUUUAGUGGGAGUGCUCGCUCUCGCCUGACCAAAAUUGACCGCCUCAGCAAAAUGAUGCUCAUCACCAACGCCUCCGCCCCCAACACCAACACGGGAGCUCCAACUGGACUACCACGUGCCGCAUCUCCUCGACGUGUUCGGUUGAGCCUUCAGUCGCAGUCUGGUACGGCCAAGGAGGUUACAUCUGCUGCGUCUGCUGCUGCCGCUGCCGCUGCCGCUGCUUCUCCAGUCAAGAUUCAUGGGUCAGGUACAUCCAAGUCAGGCAAGGUUGGAUCACCAACAUCUUCUGCGUUCAAAGGCUCUCGUCAGGCGUUUGGCGCAUCCCAUACCGCUGCCAGCAACAACUACCCUCGACACAUUGUCAUGCGUGCUGCGUCCCCUCACUGCAUCCUGGAUGAUGCCAUAGACAGUGACGCUGCAAUAGAUAGUUUCUCGACAUCCCUCCCAUCGGCGUCAGGUUUCCCUGCUGGUGUCGAUCCUGCUGUCAAUAGCGAGCCUGCUGCGACCCCGGUCAACACUGAAAAAGCCAAUCGUCAUGCGUCCAUGCCUCCCCUGCCCAAAGCUGGCUGGCGCUUGUAUGAUGUGCCUGAUGUAGAAGAGUCGAACAACUCGCAACAUGGACAUGACGAUAGACCUGGGUUCGACAACGGUACUGUUGGUAGUGGAGGUGGCGAUGAGAGAAGCAUUUUUCACUACUCGGCCUCCAAUGCUUCGUCGACGACAAAUCUGGAACAUUACCCAUAUUCGCACCAUGCGGCGCAUGCUAGACAGGAUUCGACCACCAGCACCUUCUACACCAUGACCCCGAAUGCAUCCAACCUGGAUCUGUCGAUGCCCAUGAGCAACCACAACUUGAGCUCCAUCGACCCUUCGACUGAUUCCAGUUCAUCAGCAACCAGUCAUGGCCACAGUCAUCAAGGCCCUACCCCAACUCCCAGCAUCUACAACAUGCCCCCGCCAUUGCCUAAGGCGAUCAAGAACAAGUCUCCGCUGGCAUUGCGGCGAUCAUCUACAACGUCAUCCUCGAGCUCAUCAUCGCCGUCAAACACGUAUCCCAACAAAGGGUCAUUCCCGAAAUCGUCCCUCUCGUCGACCAUGAUCCAUAACAGCAAGACACUGACUCAGGAACGACAAAAGAUCAUUUUGGAGAUUCUACGGACAGAACGGUCAUACGUGGACGGACUCGUAAUCCUCCAGACUCUCUUUUACGAACCCUUGAAUGCGCCCUACGCGACCUCAGGAUAUCCUUACUCGGGAGCGAAUACGACCACCAGCAUCUACUCGGCCGCCAACACAACACUACAACAUAACAAGAACACUAAUAAACACCCUAAUCCUAAUAACAACAACGGUUACUCGGGAUGGUCAGGAGCGACCAACCCAACGGCGAGCUCUUCGACCCUCUCUCUGGCAGCCGGCCAGUACCCGACCUCGACUAUGGGAUCCAACUCGACCCUUGCAGCCUCAGCAGCGCCCCUUCUGCCCAAGAAAUCUGUCAAUGAGAUCUUUUCCAACUUUUCAGAGAUCUUGCAGAUUAACACUUUGCUGCUCACCCAGCUCGAGACACGGAUCUGUGGUACCACUUUUUCGACUGGAUGGGAGAGUGACGAGGACGAGACAGAAGGCAGGAAUGGAGGUGAAGAUGGAGGAGAUGAAAAUGACGAGGCAGGAGCUACUGGAUCUCGGGAGUCAAAGGCGAACGGCAAGCCGAACCAGGUCCUUGUUACCGUCGGUAGCCAGGCAGGCGAGCAAGAGCAACUUCUUGUCCUUGAUGCUGACUGGUGUGUCGGUGAUAUCUUUGUCGAGAUCGCGCCAUUCUUGAAGAUGUACUCCAAUUAUGUCAAGACCUACACGUCAGCUCUGACCCAUAUUAACGACUGCAUGAACCGCAACGACCGCUUUACCGAGUUCUUGAAGUCGACAGCGAGAAGACCCGAGUGCAAGAGCCUGGAUUUCCAGUCAUACUUGAUGCUACCAGUCCAGCGGAUCCCUCGCUACAGGAUGCUACUUGAAGGUCUUCUCCGCCACACGCCCGAAGAACACCCUGACCACCGCAAGCUCCAAACUGCCUUCGAGUCAAUGGAACAAACCGCAAACUUUGUCAACGAGACCAUUCGUCAGCACGAGAUGUUUGGUGAGAUGAUCGGACUCCGGUCCAAGAUCACCGGCAUGAGCGAGCCCCUCAUCAUCCCCGGACGCGUGAUGUUGAAGCGCGGUAAUGUCUGGAAGGUCUGCCGUCGCAAUGUCCAGCUGCGGAUGAUCAUCCUCUUCUCAGAUUGUAUUGUCUGGACCAGUCCUAGUCUCAACCCUCUGGACGACACACUGACCUUCCAUCGUAAAGUCGGGUUGGAAAACUGUACUGUUGUUGGAGCAGAGGAUCCGGAUCCGACCAAGAAUGCGUUCCAGAUCAUGAGCCCCGAAAAGUCAUCUCAGGUCUAUGUCAAUACCCCACGCGAGAAGGAGGCCUGGAUGGUUGCCAUCCGUCGCGCGACUCAGGAGUACCUCUCUGCAAAGAGGACGCUCAAGAUCUCGAUUACCCCCAUGCAGAGCAUCAGUGCUGCGGCGACCAGUUUUGGGGCUGGGCUUUUGAGACGCGAUACGGGCCUAUGGUCGCCUACUAGUUUUGGGUCUGACUCGAGAGCUCAUACGUUUGCGGGACACCAGCAGCAGCAGUUGGCCUCUGCCGAGCCUGAGGUAUCCAGUCCCUGGAGCGCUACCUUUGGUGUCGGGUUCGCGAGCGCUAUCGGUAGCGGUGGAUCUGGUGCCAAUGGCAACGGUGGAUCAGGAGCAGGAUCUCCUACGCCCAGGACGCAGCCUAUGAGGGUCAUUGAGAACUACAAUGCCCCCGUCUGGGUCCCUGAUCAGUCGGCGACGAGAUGCAUGAUUUGUACCGAGGAGUUUGGAACAAUUUUCCGACGCAAGCACCACUGCCGAGCCUGUGGCAAGGUCGUCUGCCACUCUUGCUCCUCUCGCACGAUUUUGAUUAAAGGAGCGCACUCGGAGAAGGUUGGUCGCGCAUGCGACGACUGCAUCGAGACCAUGUUCCCAGAGGAGGCGAGCAUGCCCGUCUCCCCCACCGCCAACUCCAAUUCGGCCGAGACUUCUCCUAUUGAAUCUCCUGGCCAACAACAACAACAGCAGCAGGUCCAAUCUAACAACCAGCAUCAAGUCACAACAGACCGAAGAGCCAGCAACCAGAGUCUGGAUGGUGUUCUGGUCCGACCUGAAGAUUAUAGCCAAGACUCGGGGAUUACUUCUGGAGCCACGGGCAUGGUCCGUGGCAUUGUUGAAGCCGGUCUCAGUCGCAUGAAGAGCAGAACAGGUCCCAUCACCUCAAAUCAGGACACAUCUUCAGGCCAGAACGGAGGAUCGCCCAACAGCACCCGUGGAAGUAACCGAAAAUCAGAUGCUAGCCUUGGAUCUCCCAACGAGAACCAGAAUAACGUCAAAGCGUGCGAACUGUGCAAGACUGAAUUCAACCUCUUCAAGUUCAAAUGGAGGAAUGUUUGUUCCCAGUGCCGCAAGGUUGUGUGCUCGGACUGCCUGACUAAGAAACAGAUCGACCAACUCUUCCUCCUCGGACUGGAGGCAGAGCGCGAGGCUGAAGCCAAGGCACGUGAGGGGGGAGCUGGUCAACUCGAAAAUGAUGGUCAAGUCGUCGACAGCCUUGCACUCAAUUUCCCCCUCGCAUCACCCGAGUCUCCAGACUUGGCUCGCCCAGGGUUGCUUCAAAGUGCCUCUGACAGUGUUGUCGCCACCGGAUCUGCAGACGCCGCCGCCGCUGCCUCUGCUCUGCUCUCAACCAAGCGUAGCCAAAGCUUCAAUGUUGACCAGACCACUUCUACUACUGCUACCUCAGGUGGAGGAGGGUACGGGGGUUUCGGAACAGGAUGGCGCGGAAUAAAGGGCAACACCGAUAGCGGCCACGGACAUUCUGAAAAACUCUGUGACCCCUGUUACCUAGGUCUUUCGUCUGACCAGAUCAAGGUCCUUGAGACUGGUGGUGGAUGGCAGUAUUAUCAAGCGACGUUGGGAAAACAUCAGACGCAGGAUGUGAUUGCUGCGUUGGCUAUGGCUCAUUUGGCAGUUGAUGGUGAGGAAGGUGCUGGGGAGGAUGAUGACGAGGAGGAGGAGGAGGAGUCGCCGGUUGAUGCGAUGACGUUUGUUGGAUCGGAUGCCUUUGCUGUGGAAGUCAGUCCUGUCCAGGCUGGAUGA